AUUAGGAAGAUCAGACCUUAUCUGACACAAGAUUCCACUCAGCUUCUUGUACAGGCAAUGGUUAUCUCCAAGCUGGACUACUGUAAUUCUCUGUUAGCUGGCCUACCUGCUUGUGUAUUAAGACCACUACAGUUGAUUCAGAAUGCUGCAGCACGACUGGUCUUCAAUCAGCCAAAGAGGACACAUGUAACCCCUCUCCUAGUUACUCUCCACUGGCUCCCUAUAGUAGCCAGAAUUAAAUUUAAAUCUCUCACUCUGGCCUAUAGGACACUGACUGGAUCUGCUCCCAGCUACUUCAGUUCUUUAAUCACGAUGUACAUUCCCAACCGCCCAUUGCGAUCUUCUGAGGAGCGUCUGUUAUGUCGACCAACCAUACAUGCUAGGUCAAAUUGUAGAUCCUAUUCUUCAGUGGUUCCGUGUUGGUGGAAUGAGUUGCCCAGUGCUCUCCGUUCCAGCAACAGCUUUGGAUCUUUUAAGAGGGGUCUUAAGGCAUAUUAUCCCUGCAAGGCGUGCUAUGAAUCUGAACCUCACAGUGUGCUUCUGGGCCUCUUGCCCCCUCUGUUACACAACAAAGCAGACCGGGGCCAAGCAGAGCUUCCAGGCCAGGCGUGA